AUGGCGGCCAACUUCAGCUCUGCACAACACAUCUGUGAUGGAGAGAACUGUCAAUCAAUCACAGAUGUGACGUACUACGUGAAGGAGAAGAAGAACCUCUGUGACGACUGCGCCUUUAAAGAGGAGUGCAUCAGAAAAGCAAGAAAGGGUAGGCCCAAUCUGUAUUGUGAGAAGCAUGAUGGUGAAAAAAUCAAACUGUAUUGUAAAACACACGGUGUAGCAGUAUGUCAAUUGUGCGCAAUGAUAGAUCAUCAGCAGCCUUGUUUGCUACAGGAUAUAGAGGGCGCCAUCAUGGACAUAAGAGCAAAACUAAACAUUCUAAAAGAAAAGGCAAAGGACAAAUUAGAGUUUUGUCGAGUUUAUGGAGAUCAGAUUCAUCAGUGUAGGACAGACACCGACACCCAUCUACAAGCUUUGAAAGAUGAAGUAGAUUCGGUAAUCAAUGAGGCCAUCCAAACGGACAAAGAGAAGGAGGAUGUUGCUAAAAUCAACCAGGAGAUUGAUGAGAAGAAUCAAAAACUUCGCGAGGAGAUUCAAAAAAUCAAUGAGAAUAUUCGAAAGAACGAUGAGGAGAGAGAGAAGCAAAUUGAAUUAAACCGUUCAUAUGCAGAGAAAAGACGAGAACCAAUCGACAAUAAACAACAUGUUCUUCAAACAGACAUUAAGAACAUCGCUGAAGAGAAAGAAAGAAAGAUUGGUGAGUUGGAGAACACAUUGCAAAAUGACAUAAAAAACACAAAGACUACAAUACAGACACUCGAUACAGUACUCGAAAAUGAUAAAAAUGUCGUCAAAGACGGUCAUCGUGUGAAAACAUCAGUGAGUGAUGAAUUAAAGAAGCCAUUGAACGAGGGUGAGUUGAAACAAAUUACUGGGGCCAUAUCAGGUGUGAGGUUUGUGAAGGGUGCUGGGAUACAGAAGUAUGAUGGGAGGAUUGAUGGAUAUGAUGGGGAGUGGAAGCUCAUUGAUACAAUCAAUAUUAAAGAUAAAUUACCAACCAUUGUAGGAUGCAUAGAUGAAUGCAAUGUGAUCAUCACAGAUAGAGUAUUGGGUAGGCAGCAUACAUACAUGUUAGAUAUGAAUACUAAAAUCAGCCAGAGAGUGAUCACCGGGAUCGAUACAUCAUGGGUUGCCUCCUGUGCAUUACUGAAUGAUGGCAAGGUAGUAUGCAGUAAAUACCGUAAAGGGUAUACAGGGGACAGUCUGACUGGGUACAUCGGUGUUUAUGACAGACAAUGGAAGCAUAUCAAUGACGUCACCAUACCAAGAAACACCACGCUUCCUGUCACAUCGGUGAAUGUAGCUGUUGACCAGGAUGGGAUGAUCAUCGCUGGUGAGUGGGGUGAGUCUAAGAUGUACGUCGUCAACCCAGCUGAUGGUAAGAUCAUGAAUACCAUCACAUGUAAACAAGAUAUAGAGAUGCACGAUGUGCUAUCAUCAGGUCACAUCGUCGCUCGAUCCUUGCUAGCAGAUCACAGAUUGUUCAUCAUCGACAGAGAGGGUGCGCAAAGGGAAAUCCCCCACAAUGGCGUCAUCCUGAAUGCCUGCAUCGAUUAUAUGACAGACGACAUCUACGUCGUGACAUCAGAUGAUGAGAGGAUGACGUGUGUGAUUGAUCAGGUGAUGAGUGGGAGUGAUGUGAAGAAGAGAAGAGUGGCAUCAUUUCCUCUAUCAACAGAACAAGAGAAUGAGGGUGAUUGCCUUGACGAAUCUCGGGUGAUGAUGACAUCAUCGGGAAAAAUGAUUGCUAGCGAUGGAGAAAACAUUCUUGUAUUCAAAAACAGAUUUACCCUCUAA